CAGAGCAUACAGCAUGGCAGUAGUGGUCUGGAACCCGGCAGGGUAGUGUGUGUGUGUCUGUGUGUGCCUGUGUGUGUGUCUGUGUGUGCUCCUGCCCAGUGUUUUACUAGGAUUGUACAUGGACAAAAGUGGAACCUGGCAAGGUGGGAGGUGUUUAUCUGUGUUCCUGUCCGCUGCUGCACCGGGAGUCUACCAAAAGCGUACAGGGAUAGUAAUGAACUACGGACUGAACCUCAGCAUUAUCAUCCCUUAUUAGAUCUGUCGUGGUGACCAACAGAUGCUGACGCCUGCCUGUGGAAGGUGACCGCCUGUUUACCUCAAACGUGUCCAGCGGGGGUAAUGGAGGAGCCUAGAGAGGUGGGUGUGGGGGAUGUGGUGGAGACAGGCGAAGGUGUAGGUGAGGGCAAGGUGAAGGUGAAGAGAGGUAGAGGUGGGUCGGAACCACCUGCCUACCGCUCCUACCCACAGCGAUGGGCCAUCCUCCUCGCCGUUACUCUUCUCAAUAUCUCCAACGCCUCGCUGUGGAUCAACUUGGCGCCUGUGUCGUACAAGGCAGCAGACUACUUCAAGGUGCCUGUCGCAGGCAUCAACUGGUUCAGUCUGGUCUAUCUCUUCGUCUCCAUACCAUUCUGCUUUAUCUCCACCUUCAUCGUCAAUGCCCUCGGUCUCAGACCUUCCAUCCAGAUAGGGUCGGCGCUGAACUGCCUGGGAGCUGUGAUUCGAGGUAUCUCUACUUCAGGGCUCAUCCCCUCUUGCCGCGCCCAGUACGCCGUCUGUAUCACUGGCCAGGUGUUGGCUGGCAUGGCUCAGUCCUUCCUCCUCUUCAUACCAACCAAGGUAUCUCAACUCUGGUUCCCAGAGAACUCUCGUACACUCUCCACCACCGUCCUCUCUCUCUCCAACCCUCUGGGAGUGGUGGUGGCACAGGUGCUCUCACCAAUACUGAUUAAGUACUCCACCUUGCCCAUUCUUAAUUACGUCUACUGUGGCAUGGCAGUCUUCACCCAGUUGAUCACCCUCGUCUCCGUUACCAGAGCAUUUUUCCACAUUUUGCCGGUAUCACCAUACCAUUUCUCAAGUCUCCUUACACUCUCUGUCCUUGCUUACUUGCCAGUCUUCAGCGGCAUUAUAAAUGGGGUGAUGAUUCUUUGUGGCUUCGUGGGGUCGGCAGUGACAGGAAUCAUGGCUGACAGGACCAAAGCCUUCACUCCAAUCACCAAGAUCUCCUACGGUAUUGCCACCAUCUUCAAUAUCAUCAUGAUGGAGAUGUUCAUGGUGCCCGGGCAGCCGGCCGUGCUGGCAAUCUUCAUGGGUCUCUUCGGAUUCUUCGGGAUUGGGGCUUACCCCAUAGGUCUGGAGCUGGCGGUGGAGGCCACCUAUCCUGUGGAGGAGAGUAUCAGCACUGCCUUCAUCUUCAUGUCAGGACAGGUGCAAGGCGUGCUUAUCAUCUUCUUAGUGUCAUAUCUGGCACGGGACCCCAAGCCGGAGUAUGCGAAGAUUGAGGUAUGCACCGCUGGUAUCAACUCCGAUAUCCUACCCAAGGAUUAUACUGAACAGCGAGCCUCCGUCACUUGGCGGAACAGCGAGCCUCUGUCACUUGACAGAACAGCGAGCUUCCAUCACUUGACGGAAGAGCGAGCCUCCGUCACUUGGCGGAACAGCGAGCCUCUGUCACUUGACGGAACAGCGAGCUUCCAUCACUUGACGGAAGAGCGAGCCUCCGUCACUUGA